AUGUGCUCAAUGAUAAGCGCGCAAGGAGUGGCCGUUGCCACCGCCAUGGCUGUCUCCGGCACGGUCAUCCUGCUCGCUCUCCGCCUGCAGAAAUCUUUCCCGCCUCCCCACUUCGCUGUUCACGAAAUCGCUCCUUCUCCGCCGCCGGUUCUACGAUCUUGCAUAUCCAAUGCUGGGAAGAAGAGCAAAAGGAAGAAGAUAAAACGCGUGCACUUUGCGGAGGACGUGGUGGAGUCCUGCAGAGACGGACAGGAGUUCAGGAACCGAAACUUGCGAUCGAAGAAGGUUCAGAAGAGUUUUAACCAGGAGACGAAGAUUGGAGAAAUGCCCACGAACAGGGUAGCUUUGUAUAACGGGAUUCUUAGGGAUCGUGUGGCCCAGCGAUUGGCCUACUCUUGUUGA